AUGGCACAUUUGGUCGCCAUUGCAUCUUGUCUAACCGUUGCGAUAUAUGUUGUUUGUCGAUACUAUCUUCACAACUAUGCCUCCAAACGUCUUCCGCUUCCUCCAGGGCCAAAAGGCCUACCCGUACUUGGAAACAUCCUGGACCUUCCGAAAAAAGGACAGCCAGAAUUCCAGCAUUUCCUCAAACAUAGAGAGCUGUAUGGGCCGAUUAGCUCGACUACUGUGCUAGGCAAGACAUUUAUUUUGUUGCAUGACCGACAGGUUGCGCAGGACCUCUUGCAAAAGGAAUCAUUGAAGACUUCGGAUCGUCCGAUAACCGAGUUCGCUUUUACUAUGUGUCGUCUUGACGAGUUCAUGGUCAGCCGGUGCAACGCAGACUUCCGUCACAGACGCAAGCUCUUGCAUCAGCAGUUGGGCACUGCAAAAUUGGUUGGGCGAUUUGACGAUUCCCAAGAGUCUGCGUCACUUGAGUUCCUGCUCCGGGUAUUAAAUGAACCAAAUGCCACGGUAGAGCAUUUAAAAUGCUCCAUGGGCUCUCUCAUUCUGAAAAUGACCUACGGCUAUGCAGUUGGGUCAAGCAACACGGAUCCGCUGGUAGAUUUGGUUGACAGGAUGGCGAACAACCUGGUCGAGGCUACAGUUCCGUGGUUGGUAGAUUUCUUUCCUGCCUUGAGACAUCUUCCAAACGGAUUUCCCGGCGCCGGAUUUAAAAGAACAGCGCGUAAGUUUAAGAGGGUCAAUCUGGCUGUAGUCAACAUACCAUACAGCUUUGUCCGACGGCAAAUGGCAGUAGGAAACCAUCGGCCAUCAUACGUUUCACAGUUAGUCGAGGAAUGCAGCACUGGUGACACGGACUACAAGCUUCGUGAUGUGGAUGAAUACGCAAUCAAGCGAACGGCCGCAGCACUGUACCUAGGAGGUGCAGAGACGACGGUGACCGCCUUGACUGGCUUUCUUUUGGCGAUGGCCAAGUUUCCAGAGGUGCAGAAAAAAGCCCAAGAGGCUAUUGACUUGGUGAUUGGUACCGACAGGCUUCCCAGCUUGGCCGAUAGAGAAAGGCUACCAUACGUCGACGCGAUGGUAAAAGAGGUGUUCCGGUGGUCACCAGUUGCGCCAUUGGCAUUUCCGCACGGAGUAGGCGAAGAUAUAGAGUACAGGGGACACCUAAUUCCCAAAGGCUCUGUACUUCUACCUAUGGUAUGGUGGUUUUUGAACGAUCCCGAGAUACACUUCGAUCCGAGGUCGUUUAACCCGGAUCGCUUUCUCGCCCCUCAAAACGAGCCUGACCCGAAAGCUGUGGUCUUUGGCUAUGGCCGUAGAGUCUGCCCUGGAAAGUACUUCUCGGAUAGCAACAUCUUCAUUGUUGUCGCUCAGCUAUUGGCAGCGUUCAAUAUUAGAAAGGAUGUUGAUGAGAAUGGUGUGGAAAUUGAGCCUGAACUCGAUGCUCUGCCGGGGCUGAUUACUCAUUUGAAGAAGUUUCCUUUCAAAAUCGAAGUGAGGAGCCCAAAGCAUGCAGAGCUUAUUAGGCAAGCUGGGCUGAAGCUUCCGCAGCAGGAUGGUGACCGCCAUAUUAUUGAUCAUGCGGCAAUAAAAGAAUGUUUGGAAUACCGGGGAUGA